CACCUGCGGACAUAAAUAGGCAGCCAGCGAAGGCAGCAGCACAGAGCCACCGAGCAGCGCUGUACGCAGUGCCCACCUGCGUGCACCAGGAUGCCUGACACCACGCUGCCCGCCUGCUUCCUCGGCCUGCUGGCCUUCUCCUCCGCUUGCUACUUCCAGAAUUGCCCGAGGGGCGGCAAGAGAGCCAUGCCCGACAUGGAGCUGAGACAGUGCCUCCCCUGCGGCCCCGGGGGCAAAGGGCGCUGCUUCGGGCCCAGCAUCUGCUGCGCGGACGAGCUGGGCUGCUUCGUGGGCACGGCCGAGGCGCUGCGCUGCCAGGAGGAGAACUACCUGCCGUCGCCCUGCCAGUCCGGCCUGAAGCCCUGCGGGAGCGGGGGCCGCUGCGCCGCCGCCGGCUUCUGCUGCGACGACGAGAGCUGCGUGGCCGAGCCCGAGUGCCACGAGGGCCCUCACCGCCGCGCCCGCGCCAGCGACGGGGACAACGCCACGCAGCUGCACGCGCCCGCCGGGGCCUUGCUGAUGCGACUGGUGCAACUGGCGCGGGCGCCCGAGCUCGCCGAGCCCGCGCAGCCCGGCGGCUACUGAGCUCGCCCCCCGCCCUCCCGCACCUCCGCCCCCCCCGCAGGACGGAAAAUAAACCUCUGUAAAUGCA